GGUUCACUUGCCCUGCGUAGGGGCUUAUCUUGGGCUAAGCUGAGGGACUAAUAGCAAAGCCAGCCUCUGCUCCAGCCGGUCUGAGGGCACAGGGAGCCAUCUGUCCACUCUGUGGAUAACUGACAACAAAGGGGGCAAACAUUGAACACGGACUACAAACUAAAAGGCCGUUCAUUUCGGAGAUACCAGAAAUAAAGACGAGGAGCAGUUAUUUUGUAUAUAAGGUGUGGAAUGGCGGCAGAGCGUUCUGUAGUUAUUGGUUUGUAGUGUUUACUUUAAAUUUCGGGAAACACAGAAAAUGUCCGACAAGGAAGAAAUGGCUUCAGAUGGGAGUCUGAACGUUACGCUUACGCUGAGGCUGUUGAUGCACGGAAAGGAAGUUGGCAGCAUAAUUGGGAAGAAAGGUGAAACAGUGAAGAAAAUGAGGGAGGAGAGUGGUGCUAGGAUCAACAUAUCAGAAGGAUCAUCUCCUGAGAGGAUAGUUACAAUCACAGGACCCACAGAGGGCAUCUUCAGAGCGUUCUCUAUGAUCGCGCAGAAGUUUGAGGAGGAUAUUACAGCAGCAAUGACAAACAGUAACGUGACAAGCAAGCCACCUGUGACGCUUCGCCUGGUUUUCCCAGGGAGUCAGUGUGGCUCACUGAUUGGCAAAGGAGGCUCGAAGAUCAAAGAGAUCAGAGAGACCACAGGCGCUCAGGUUCAGGUGGCAGGAGACAUGCUGCCGGACUCCACGGAGAGGGCUGUCACAAUCUCCGGCACUCCACAGGCCAUCACUCAGUGUGUAAGACACAUCUGCUCUGUGAUGCUAGAGUCUCCACCAAAAGGAGCAACUAUUCCCUACCGUCCCAAGGUCAUACCUGCUGGAGCCCAUGCAGUAUUAGCACCACAGCACUCUGCACAAGCCUUUGCAAUUCCAGGACAGUAUGCUUUUGCACAUCAAGAUUUGACCAAGCUUCACCAGUUGGCUAUGCAGCAUAUCCCCCUCCCCUCCCUUGGGCAGAGCAACCCUACCUUCCCUGGAUUGGAUGCAUCUGCCCCCACAAGUUCACAAGAGCUGGCAAUACCUAAUGAUUUUAUUGGCUGCAUAAUUGGAAGACAAGGCAGCAAGAUCAAUGAGAUUCGCCAGGUCUCUGGAGCUCACAUCAAAAUUGCCAGCGCCACUGAUGGCUCAGCCAUGCGCCAAGUCACGAUCACAGGCUCACCAGCCAGCAUCAGUGUGGCCCAGUACCUCAUCAACGCCAGGCUCUCAUCAGUGCUAACAGGCUUGGGUGUUCUGUAGUAGCGUUGCACUGUUGCAGUUCUGAUGGGAUUAUCUUAAAGCCACAUUGGAUUCUAGUGGAUUUCACUCUACACAGUAAUCCUGUAGAGCCGGACUGGCCUAACUAACUCAUUUACUGGUUCUGUACACAAGCUUGUUUCUUGUUUAUUCUACAGCCUAAACAAGUGGAAUGCUUCAACUUUCAGCAUCUGAAAUGGGUGCUGAUCAAUUGUUGUAAUAAAUGUUUUAUUCAUGUGUUUCUGAUGCGGGUCCAGCCCCCCCAAACAAUGCAGAUUUGUAAUAUUUGUUGAUGAAAUGACUCUGAAAUAAAUGGGACUUUUUAUGAAUGCAGA